CAAUAAAGGACGGGCGUGCGGUUAAUCCCGUAUCAAAUCUAGUUACAUUCACUAUUUAUUUUAAGUGUGCAGUUGUGUUAUUAAAAUCUUGUUUUGUAAUAAACAUGAAGUGAUUUUCCAAAGCUUACGAGACAUUGUAUCGAUCGCAUCAGAAACUUUGAUAAAAUAAAACUUAUUGAAGAACGAGUCGGAAUAGUGAUGCCCGGAUGCAAGAUGGAAUAUAUUCUUCGUCAAUUUAUUUAAGAUUUUAUCUUUGUGAAAAUGGAUGAAAUAAUGAGAUAAAAAUAAAUUCUGUUUAGGAACAACCCCUUAUCUGGUUCCUAAUAAUGGCGAAUUCGCCAACAGGGGUCAACCAUGAUCAGCCACCUGGUCCCAAACGAGAGAUUGGUGGAGGAGGGGGACACAGUCCAAGUAGAUCUGUCAACUCACCUCCAAAGCCAGUUGGUGGUGGGGGAGGUGGUGAAGACCCUGGGGGAGGAGCUGGAGGCGGCUCUGGAUAUAAACCUCUUGGUCCCCAGAAUACAUCAGCGGUCGCUAGUGUUGUUGGUGGCCUUGCUUUGAAUACAACAGACUCAGGUAGAGCUUUAAGCACCGGCUGGAGUACAGCCCUUGCUGCAGCUCAAGGAGCGGCCACUGUACGAAAGCGAGCCAACAUGAGGAAACAACAAAACCAAAAUGUUCGCCCUGCGCGGGCGCUCUUUUGUAUGACUUUGAAAAAUCCUAUACGCAAAUUUUGUAUACAAGUUGCAGAAUACAAAGCAUUUGAGUUUUUGGUAUUGAUCACCAUUUUUUCUAAUUGUGUUGCUCUUGCUAUUUAUACACCAUACCCCCAAGGUGAUUCUAAUUAUGUCAACUCUGCUCUAGAUGGCAUUGAAUAUGUCUUCUUAGUGAUAUUCUUAUUGGAGGGAAUACUUAAAAUUAUUGCAUACGGCUUUGUUAUGCACCAAGGAGCAUAUCUACGAAAUGGCUGGAAUGCUUUAGAUUUUACCAUUGUUGUCAUAGGAAUAAUUAGUUCUGUUUUAUCCCAACUUCAACUCAAGGGAUUUGAUGUGAAAGCUCUGAGAGCGUUCAGAGUAUUGAGGCCUUUAAGACUGGUGUCUAGGGCACCAAGUCUCCAGGUGGUAUUAAAUUCCAUUGUUCGUGCCAUGGUUCCAUUGUUACAUAUUGCCCUACUUGUAAUAUUUGUCAUCAUUAUCUAUGCUAUCAUUGGCCUGGAGAUGUUUUAUGGUAAACUGCACAAAGCUUGUUGUAUAAACGAAAACAUCAACAUAACACAUAAAUGUGAAGUAGUUGCAGAGGGCAAUCGUGUGUGUGGUGGGGAUUACAUGUGUGAGCCUCAAGAUGGAGAGACAUGUGCUGAUGGGUUUGAAGGGCCAAAUUACGGAAUCACAAACUUUGAUAACUUUGGACUCUCUAUGCUCACUGUCUUCCAAUGUAUAACAAUGGAGGGCUGGACCACAGUAAUGUAUGAUAUAAAUAAUGCUAUUAACAGUGACUGGCCCUGGAUAUAUUUCAUAAGUCUCAUUAUAAUUGGCUCAUUUUUUGUCCUAAACCUUGUGCUUGGUGUUCUCAGUGGAGAGUUCUCUAAAGAAAGGGAGAAAGCAAAAGCCAGAGGUGACUUCCAGAAACUGAGGGAAAAACAGCAGUUGGAGGAAGACCUCAGGGGGUACCUGGACUGGAUCACCCAAGCAGAGGAUAUAGAUCCUGAAGUUGAAGAAGAAAAUGAAGAGGGAGCAACACCGAGGCAUUCUAAAAUUGCAAGUGAUAUUGACUCAGUGGAUAAGGUGGAAGAGGGAGAGAAUGCUGAAGUUCAGCAGUCGUGGUUCCAGCAGAAAAGGUUACAUUUUCAAAAGUUGAACAGAAGAUAUAGGAGAUUUUGUCGAAAGAUAGUCAAAUCACAAGCCUUUUAUUGGGGAGUCAUUAUCCUGGUCUUUCUCAACACAGUGGUGCUCACAUCAGAACACUAUGGACAGCCUCCCUGGCUGGACGACUUCCAAUCUAUAACCAACAUGUUCUUCGUUGUCCUCUUCACUGCGGAGAUGCUGGUCAAAAUGUACAGCCUGGGUUUUCAGGGCUAUUUUGUUUCACUCUUCAACCGGUUUGACAGCUUUGUAGUGGUGUGCAGCAUCCUGGAGGUCAUACUGCAGAAAACCGAUGUCUUUCCACCACUGGGCAUUUCUGUGCUCAGGUGUGCAAGGCUUCUGAGGGUAUUCAAGGCCACAAGGUACUGGUCAUCCCUGAGAAAUCUGGUAGCCUCCCUGUUGAACAGUAUGAGAUCCAUUGCCAGCUUGCUGCUGCUCCUCUUCUUGUUUAUUGUCAUCUUUGCACUGCUGGGCAUGCAACUGUUUGGUGGCAAGUUCAACUUUAAAGACAGCCCAAAGCCUCGCAGCAACUUUGACACAUUCUGGCCCUCGCUGCUCACAGUCUUUCAGAUCCUUACUGGUGAAGACUGGAAUGCUGUGAUGUACGAUGGGAUUCGAGCUUAUGAAGGUGUUAAAUUCCCUGGAAUAUUAGUGUGUUUAUAUUUUGUUCUGCUGUUCAUUAUAGGUAACUAUAUUCUGCUAAAUGUAUUCUUGGCCAUUGCUGUUGACAACUUGGCAGAUGCUCAAAGCUUGACAGAAAUUGAGGAGGAGAAAGAGGAAGAGAAGGAGAGGACCAGGUCAUUAAGGCGGUCAAAGAGCAGAAGUCCAACUAAAGACCAGGAGGGAGGAGAAGAAGAAGGGCUGGAUGUGAAUGGAAAUGAUGAGGCUGGUGAACCCAACCACCUGAGUAGACAGCCUAGUUCAAGGAGCAGGAGGUCGUACAGGAAGGAGAGCACAAGCAGUGAUCAGCGAAGUCACCUCAGCCCUGAGCACAAUCUAAGUGGGGAGUACAGGGACACCCACACAGCCAGGGAAGAUGAUGAAGAGGAAAAUGAAGAGGAAGUGGAAGAAGAUGAAGGGACAGAGUGUACAGGUACAGAAGAUGACCAAGGAGAAGAAGAUGAAGAUGAGUCCCCAUCAUCUGCCCGACCACGCAGGAUGUCUGAGGUCCACAUCUCCUCCCGUGUCAGGCCUAUCCCACCAUUCUCUUCACUCUUCAUGUUUGCCCCAACCAACAAAUUCCGAAUCAUCUGUCACAAAACAUGUAACCAUUCAUAUUUUGGUAAUGUGGUCCUUGCCUGCAUUCUGAUCUCCAGUGCCAUGUUAGCCGCUGAGGAUCCUUUGAAAAGUGAAUCGCCUAGAAAUAUAAUUUUAAACAAAUUUGAUUACGUCUUUACUUCAAUUUUUACCAUUGAAAUUAUAAUCAAAAUCAUCACCUAUGGCCUUAUGCUGCACAAAGGUGCAUUCUGCCGCAGCUUAUUCAAUAUUCUGGACUUACUAGUUGUGGCUGUGUCACUGAUUUCCUUUCCUAUAGACAACCAAGCCAUUUCUGUUGUGAAGAUUCUCAGAGUGUUGCGAGUGUUGAGACCUCUGAGAGCUAUCAACAGGGCCAAAGGACUUAAGCAUGUUGUCCAGUGUGUGAUUGUGGCACUCAGGACCAUCUACAACAUCAUGCUCGUCACAUUUCUACUCAAUUUCAUGUUCUCUGUCAUGGGGGUUCAGCUCUUUAAGGGCAAGUUUUAUUUCUGUACAGAUGAAUCAAAACUAACAGAAGAGGAAUGCCAGGGUCAAUUUAUUAGCUUCAAAGGUGGAAAUUAUGAUCAACCAGAGGAAAAUAAGAGGGAGUGGGUUAAAAAUGAUUUUAACUUUGAUGACGUGAGGAAUGGAAUGUUGACUUUGUUUACUGUUGCUACCUUUGAAGGAUGGCCAUCGUUGCUGUACAAGUCCAUAGACUCCUAUGAUGAAGGCAAAGGUCCCAUCCAGAACAACAAGCCAGCCCUAGCCAUCUUUUAUUUCAUCUUUAUCAUUGUCAUCGCCUUCUUCAUGAUGAACAUAUUCGUGGGUUUUGUCAUUGUCACCUUCCAGAACGAGGGGGAGCAGGAGUACAAAAACUGUGAGCUGGACAAAAAUCAGCGCAAGUGUAUUGAGUUUGCUUUGAAAGUGAAACCAAUCAGACGCUACAUUCCAAAAGCAAGAUGGCAGUACAAAAUCUGGUGGUUUGUCACCUCACAAGCCUUUGAAUAUGGUAUAUUUGUGCUGAUCAUGACAAAUACAAUCACCCUCGCCAUGAAGUACUAUGGCCAAAGUGCAAGCUACUCAGCCGCUCUGGAUUACCUUAAUAUUAUAUUCACUGGUGUUUUCACUGCAGAAUUUAUCCUCAAACUGGCAGCAUUUAGAUUCAAAAACUACUUUGGAGAUGCUUGGAACGUUUUUGAUUUCGUCAUUGUGUUGGGUAGUUUUAUUGACAUUAUCUACUCUGAACUUAGUCCAGACACUACAGCUCCUGGUAACAAGUUUAUCAGCAUUAACUUCUUCCGCCUGUUCCGUGUGAUGAGGCUCAUCAAGCUACUCAGUCGGGGUGAAGGGAUCCGCACUCUUCUGUGGACAUUCAUCAAAUCUUUCCAGGCACUCCCAUAUGUAGCGUUACUGAUUGUCAUGUUGUUUUUCAUCUAUGCAGUUAUUGGAAUGCAGAUGUUUGGCAAAAUCAAGCUAGAUUACAACACACAGAUCCACAAAAACAACAACUUUCAAACUUUCCAUCAUGCUGUGCUUGUGCUGUUUCGCUCAGCAACUGGGGAAUCCUGGCAGGAAAUUAUGCUGGCCUGCUCGGACAAGGACACCGUCUUGUGUGACCCUGGGGCAGACCAGCACAGCGAGGAGACCAACUCAACAAUGAAAGUUACUCACACAUGCGGGAAUGACUUUGCUUAUGUUUACUUCAUCUCAUUCUACAUUCUCUGUUCUUUCUUGAUUAUCAACUUGUUUGUCGCUGUCAUCAUGGAUAACUUUGACUAUUUAACUCGUGAUUGGUCCAUCCUCGGCCCGCACCAUCUUGAUGAAUUUGUCCGUUUAUGGUCGGAGUACGACCCUGAGGCUAAAGGGAGGAUCAAGCACUUGGAUGUGGUGACUUUGCUAAGAAAAAUAUCUCCACCACUUGGCUUUGGUAAGCUCUGUCCCCACAGAGUAGCCUGUAAGAGGCUGGUCAGCAUGAACAUGCCACUAAACAGUGACGGUACAGUGAUGUUUAAUGCCACCCUCUUUGCCCUGGUUAGAACCUCACUCAAAAUCAAAACAGAAGGUAACAUUGACACAGCCAAUGAGGAGCUGAGGGCAGUCAUCAAGAAAGUUUGGAAACGAACCAGUCCCAAGUUGUUAGAUCAAGUUGUUCCGCCCGCAGGUAGAGAUGAUGAUGUAACAGUGGGUAAGUUCUACGCCACCUUCCUCAUCCAGGACUACUUCAGACGUUUUAAGAAACGCAAGGAGCAGAUGGUUAAAAUACAGAAAGGUCAAGAGCAUACAAAUGCCUUACAGGCUGGACUUCGAGCUGUCCAUGACCUUGGCCCUGAGAUCAGGCGAGCCAUCUCUGGAAACCUGGACGAAGAAGAAACUCUGGACAAGGAUGUGGAGGAACCCAUGCACAGGAGAAACCACUCACUCUUUGGUAGUGUUGUUAGCGCUAUGGCCGGUGUGCGACCUAUUCUACCCUUCUUAAACAGGACCCAGUCCUUGAAGGGUACCAAGGGACACAACACAUCCAACUUGUCUCCAAUCAUAGCUGUCAGUACAGCAGCUACUAAAAUGUUGGGGAUGAAUGGCAACCUAGUCAGCUCCUGCAAUCACCUGAAUGAAGAUUUGACUUCUCUACCCCAGACACUCAUACCUAAGGCAGCUGAAGUGCCCCACAGUAAACCAGGUGAAACAACAAUUAACCUUGACCUUCCUGGCGAGGGUGAUAAAACUGAAGAGGAGGAUGAGGAUGAUGACUUUGUUGAUGUUGAGGAAGAUCUGGCUGGAGAGGAAGUGAAGGAGCAGCGCAGGAGUGUGGUGGACACAGUUGGCUCUGGUCAUCAUGGGCAGUCCAAUAGGAUACUUGAUGGUCAGCUGCCACAGUCUGUUAUACCAGACAACACCAACCUCAGUCCUAGCACCAAACAGCAUGGCAUUUAUGUGUAUAGAGAUCUGCCUCAAGAAGACAGUGACUUUGAGAGGGAACACACCCCACCAACCCCACCACCACGAAGGCUGAGCAGGAAAGGCGCCUCAUUCAAACUUGGGUGUAUUGGUAAACAAGGAAGUGAUGAAAAUCCUUUGAUGAGGCGGGCUGGUCAGCCCCUCAGAUUUCCUAGCCAGCAACAGAGCAUCACCCAGCCAUCAGUGGACUCCCAGCUACCACAGCCAACAAUUCAUGUAACAUCAGGUGGCCGAUUGGUCAGUUUCCUGCGGAAGCUUGGCCAUCGCUCCAACAGAGCAGAGGAGGUGCCUCGCCACGUGGAUGUCAGCUCUGACCACUCCAGUCAACCCCACCGCUCUGUUGGCCGAGGUCCCUUGAUUAUACCCAAAGCUGUCCAACAGCAGCACUCACUAUCUCCACGACAGCUUGAGAACAGGAGAAGUAGUGCUGAAACUUUGGUAGCCAAGGUUCUGCAGGAUGAAGGACUGAACCGCUAUGUAGACCCCAAAUGUUUACAACGUGAAAUAGCCGAGGCCACCAACAUGACAGCAGAAGAGAUGAAUGUAGCUGCUCGGGAGAUCAUCAGAAGGUCAAGGCACCUUGAGCCUGACUACUAUGAAUGUGAAGAAACCAGCAACGUUAUACCUCGCUCUCGGCGCUCCCCUGCCAACAGACACGAGCUACAGGACAAUGCUCGCUAUUCCAGUCCUACCAAUAACAUAGACAAACAUUCACUGGUAAAUGUUACUUCUUUAUAGCCUUGGCUGGGCAAACAGCUUGUUAGUUAAACUCUGUUGAAACAGCAUUGUGUGGUGCAUAUUUUACAAGGCAUUUGCGUGACUUACUCCUUAACACAGCAUUGUGCGGCUUAUGUUUAGUGCAUACUUUUAUCAGGAUACUGCAUUUACACUAAUAUUGGAUAAUUGAGUUGUUCAACUUUAAUAAAUACAUCAACAAAUGCAUGAGCUAUUCUUUAACCCACUUGAAAUAAAUUCUAUUACAUUUUAUCAUCAAACAAAAAUUAAAUCUAUUUCUAAUUGCUUGUAAAUAAAGAACCAUUUCAUUUCUUUGUUUAUAAAUCUCCACAGGAGCAACCUUUUUCUUACUAUCAACAAAUUUUAAUUUAACAAAAUAGGCCCUUCUAUAGAAAUUGACUUGCUUACUAUCCACUAACAGGCAUGAUACAUAGAGAAUGAUUUGUGAGGUUCGAGAGGAUUCCUGGAAACUGGUGCUACUGCUAUUACUAACAGGAAUGAUAACUAGAGAGUGAUUUGUAAGAUAUGAAAGGAUUCCUGGAAACUGGUGCUGCUGCUAUUACUACCCAUACCAUAGACACUUAAACAGUAUUGGGUGUACCUUUCAAAGAUUGUGUCACCACUCUGUACAUUGUCAAAUAGAUUGUGUCACCAUGUUCUAUACAAAGUUUUAUAGAUUGUGUCAACCCAUUUUUUGAAAGGUCAGGCAGAUUGUGUUACCAUACCCUGUUAAAAUGACUGCAGUCUAAUAAGAGUCAAGUAGCCUUGGUUAGGAGAUGAUUUUAAUUAUUGUACAUACUUAUCCUAUUUGUUGCAAUUUGUAAACAAAAUAAAUUGUCCCAAAUUAUUUUCAAUGAUUCAGAUGAUCUAUCAACAUUUGAAAUAUUCCUUGUAUUUUAAAACUAAACUAUUCAUUUGUUGUAUUUACAAUCAUUGAUUGGCAAAAUAAUAUACUUACCUACUAUUAACUUACAUUACUUAAGUUUUCUUAAAAUUAUUCUCAUAUCAUUUAAAACAUUUUACCUUUAAAAACAUUCAUGAAGAUGGUUGAAUGUGUUCUUUUUUUUCUGAGUUUGCUAAAAAAAAAAUCUUCCAAGUUGUGAUUAGCUUUCUUUGGCUCUUUCAUUCCUUCAAGCCAAUAUAACUCAUUCUUUCAUUCCUUCAUGCCAAUAUAUAAUUCGCCCAUUCAUUCUUUUGUACAAAUAUAUAUUUCACGCUUUGAUUCUUUCAUACAUUUAUAUAUAUUUCACACUUUUAUUCUCUCAUGUCAAUAUAUCUCACACACAUCAUUCAAUACGUCAAUAUUCUACUUAUAAAUACCUUUUAAAACAUUAUUCUUAAAAGUUGUAUAUUUACUAUUGCCUGGUAACCAUUCAUUAAAAUCUGAUACACUUUUCUUUUAUAAUUGUAAAUAUUUAACAGAAUGAAUUCUAUUUUAUUCUUACAUUUGAAUGCUCUCCCCUAUUUCUCCAUCUUGCGGUGAUGGUAUUGAUGUAACACAGUAUUUUAUCAGUGUUGUCUUAUCUUGAUAUCUAGUCAUUUCAGUUUGGUUUAUUGCUAGUAUCUUUCAUUGCUCAUUGCUGAAUCUUUUUUCUUCUUCAGCUUGCUUGAUAUAUAAACCUAGCAGUAAUAGGAAGAGCAUUAGCCAAUUGUAGAAGAAUCUCAAGACUUUAGAGUAGUGCUAGCUAUGUUCUAGAGAGUCAGGAUACCUGCCCUCAUUCAUGUAUCAUUCAGUCUAAGCUUUAAUUGGAAAACUGCUAACUAAAUUGAUUGGGUGAUCCUGAGUUGACUCUAAAUUAAUGACAUCUGGUCUUUCAUGUGCAUCAUGGCACUUCCUGUCAUGUGCAUUGUGGCGCUUCCUGUUUGUGAUUGUACAAUACUUUAGUGCUCUAACACCAAUUUUUUUAACACAUAGACAACUUAGUUCUAAAGAUGAAGUAGUUUUUAAAUGUUAUAUAAGAAGAUUAGUCCCCAAUGUCCUGGACCAAUGACUUGUAUCAUCUGGACACAACAUGCUCCCUAGCUCCUUUGAAGCAUUACCAUCUCACUAAUGUAUGCACUUAUUUUAAAUGCUGUAAUGUGCCUCUACCCAGCUGGACUGGGCAUUUGUAGAGGUUAGAGCAGAAGUACCUGAUGUACUCAGCAGACUAUCAUAGUACAAUACAUUGUUGGUCAGCUGCUAGUUCACCUGUCUUUUUGCAUGUAU